GUGUGUGCGUCCAAUGCCAACAAACGGGCGCAAGCACCACCGAGCAGCUCCUUACAGGAGCCCGUCCCAAACCCCUUCACGCUCCUCAAGCAGGGCAACUAUCUACACGGCAGGCCCGAGCAAGACGUCUUCAAGCUGCUCGUCGAUUGCUAUCGCAUGCGACAGGAGGACAACUACAAGCUGGAGGGCGAUAUAGACGCCGACAGUGUCUAUGGGGGCGCCCCUGACUCGUCUGAGCCAUUCAACAGGUUUCUUGACCUGGCCUCAUCUCGUCCCAACUUUCUGCCCCCCUGGUGGAACGACGCCAAGAGGGCAGAGUGCGAGGCCUUUUCCAUGAGCGACGAUUGGUGCAAUCUGGCCGCGGGAGUCCAGAAGCAGGACAUCAUCGACCACUACAACGACCCCAACUUCCCGAUGCAGUUGAGGAUGCUUGGUGAGGUUGUGUAUAAGCGGGGACCAGGAGGACAGGACGGCACUGGCAUGAUGAACAUGAUGGCGAAUCUGGAGACCUACGAUGGUCCAAAGAAAUACUCCGUUAUGCACAUAAACCACUCCUCGACGUGA